AUGGCGUCCGCGUCUCCCGCUCCUUCUGCCGCUCCUUCUGCCGCUCCUUCUGCCGCCCCUCCUCCCGUCGAGACUUCGCGUCAAUACGUUCCCCUGACCUGCCACGGCCACUCUCGACCUGUCCCUCACAUCUGCUUCUCCGGCCUCGAGAAGGGAGAGCAAUACUACAUGAUCUCAGCCUGCAAGGAUGGAAACCCUAUGCUACGCGACGGCAUCACCGGCGACUGGAUCGGGACCUUCAUCGGCCACAAGGGUGCUGUCUGGCAGGCCAGAUUGAGUCCCGAUGCCUCCAACGCUGCCACAGCCUCUGCCGACUUCACCGCCAAGGUCUGGGACACCCAUAGCGGAGAGGUCCUUUAUACCCUCCAGCACAACCACAUCGUCCGCGCCGUUGCCUACCCGCCCGAUAACUCUGACCUUAUUGCUACUGGAGGUAUGGAGAAGAAGCUGCGCGUCUUCGACCUUAGUGACUUUGCCCCCGACCCGAACUCUCCCUCCGGAACCCCCAUCACCAUCCCUGCCUCGGCCGGAUUUGAGAUUGGCGAAGGCACUCACACCGGAUCCAUCAAGUUCAUCGCCUGGACCAAGGACCCCAACACAAUCGUCACUGCCUCCGAUAACACCCUGAGAUGGUUCGAUCUCCCCACCCGCAACCUCAUCCGCCAGGAGGUCCUCGACGGCGAGAUCAAGUCUUGCGAGCUCGUCUCCCUGGCGCCCGAGUUCACCUCGCCGGGUGACAUUGGCGGUGGCCUUCCUGUCCUCGCCGUAGCUGCGGGCAAGUGCGUGUACUUUUGGGGUGGUCCCCAGGCUUCGGAUGAGCUCAAGCGCAUCGAGCUGAAGCACGGCGUUGCUAGUGUUGGCCUGGAUCUCAAGGGUCGCAAGAUCGUCCUGGGAGAAGAACCCGGCACCUGGGCGCACGUCCGCCGCUGGGACGACGGUGGUGACAUUGAAACCCACAAGGGACACCACGGCCCCAUUUGGUCCAUCGCAUUCUCCCCCGACGGCAAGCUCUAUGCGACCGGCUCCGAAGAUGGCACAAUCAAAAUGUGGAAGAACUGCGACGGCUUUUACGGCCUCUGGCGUGGUGGCGCCCCCAAUGCGGAACGCAACGCGGAAUAG